ACAAAACAGGAAUGUCAUGUCCUGUCUGGUCCCAAACAUUCCAAACGGCACCGUUUAAGCUCCAUCAUCGUCAUGAAGUCUCUAGUUCUUCUGUACUAUAGAUCUCAGCCUCAAGAGUUUUUUUUCUGAAGCAGCUGACAUAUAAAAUAAAAGAAGCUUCUUAAAUCAGACCAGGGUUCCAAAUAUUUCAGUGCACUCAACAGAUUCCUUACUCUUAUCUCCCCCCAAAAAGGCAGCUUCUUUGUCACCAAAAAAACAAAGAUCUUUAUAACUUCACUUCCAUUCAACUUUCCAACUCCAACCUUUACCUAACUGUUCCAUGUUUGACAGUUGAAGAGAAAAACUACUAGCCAAAAGAACCUGACAGAAGAACACCAUGAAAUCUUACGUUAUCUUCAAUUCUAACUCAAAACCAUUUCUCAAAAUCCUCUCUUUGUCUUCAUUAUAUCUCCAAGUUUUCUUGUUUUUGCUUAUUCAGGUUCAUUUCUCUUUCUCUUCUCCACCAAAAACUCUCAUUUUUCCGCUUAAAACCCAAAUCCUAAGAUCUCCGAACAAGCUUCAGUUUUACCAUAACGUUAGCCUCAUUGUCUCUUUAACAGUAGGCACUCCACCCCAGAAUGUCUCCAUGGUUCUUGACACUGGAAGCGAGCUCUCUUGGCUCCAUUGCAACCAAACAACCCAAAACAACCAGCCCGACCCGAAAAAAUUCAACCCGAUUCAAUCUUCCUCGUACAAAACAAUCCCUUGUUCUUCUCCGACAUGCAUAAACCGAACCCAAGAUUUCCCAAUCCCAGCUUCAUGCGACUCCGACAACCUUUGCCACGCAACUCUUUCCUACGCGGACGCUUCAUCCUCCGAAGGAAAUCUCGCGUCCGAUAUUUUCCAUCUCGGGUCGUUCGACAACAUCUCGGGUCUGGUUUUCGGGUGCAUGGACUCCAUUUUCAGUUCCAACUCGGCCGAAGACUCCAAAACCACCGGUUUAAUGGGCAUGAACCGCGGGUCCCUCUCUUUUGUCUCCCAAAUGGGGUUCCCAAAAUUCUCGUAUUGCAUCUCGGGUUCCGAUUUCUUGGGCCUCCUUUUACUUGGUGACUCCAAUGUCACGUGGCUUACGCCGUUAAACUACACGCCGUUAAUCCAAAUCUCCGAACCGUUGCCGUAUUUUGAUCGGGUCGCUUAUACGGUUCAACUUGAAGGGAUCAAAGUUUCGGGUAAGUUAUUACCCAUUCCGAAAUCGGUUCUAGUUCCGGAUCAUACCGGGGCAGGUCAAACCAUGGUUGACUCGGGUACCCAAUUCACUUUCUUACUCGGACCGGUUUAUAAUGUUUUACGAGCAGAGUUUUUGAACCAAACCGGUGGGGUUUUAAGGGUUUUAGGGGACCCGAAUUUUGUCUUUCAAGGGGCAAUGGAUUUAUGCUACCGGGUCCCACUUGGUCAAAAUAAUCUGCCAAAUUUACCCUCCGUGAGUUUGGUUUUUACCGGGGCGGAAAUGGUGGUAUCGGGUGAUCGGGUUUUAUAUCAGGUCCCGGGUGAAGUAAGGGGGAAUGAUUCGGUGUGGUGCUUUAGUUUCGGGAACUCCGACCUCCUGGGCGUGGAAGCUUACGUGAUUGGUCAUCACCAUCAACAAAAUGUGUGGAUGGAAUUUGAUCUUGAGAAGUCAAGGAUCGGGUUGGCUCAGAUGCGGUGUGAUUUGGCUAGGCAGAGAUUCGGUGUGGGCAAUUAGGGAACAGGCCCCAAACUAACACCUUGCAUAAUUUUUAUUUUUAUUUUUAUUUGGUGGGUAGAGAAUUAUCAUCUAGGUGAAGGACCAUUUGGUUGCAGUGUUUAUGAACUCCAAUUUCAUUAAUUUAAUAG